GUAGUCCCAAUUGCCAAUACUCUCCGAAGGGUGAGGAAAGUUCCUCCCUACUCUACUCAUAAGAAGGAUCGAGAGAUCCAUGAUGCAGAAACUGUAUGGUUUGAAAGAUUUGAAGCAAAUCCACGCCACCAUCGUCAAAACUUCAAUUCCCCAAGAUUACUCAUUUCAACUUAGCAAACUUAUUGAGCUCUCUGCUCUUUCUUGCAACCGUGGUUGCUUCUUAUACGCCCAUAAGCUAUUUUCGCAAAUUCAAAACCCGAAUUUGUUUAUUUACAACACCAUGAUACGAGGAUCACUAAUCAACAAACAAUCCAAUGAAGCUACUCUCUUGUACAUACAAAUGCGAAAACAAAAUAUACUUCCCAACAACUUUACAUUUCCAUUUGUUCUUCGUGCAUGUGAAGAACAGUUUGAGCUUAAAAGAGGAGAAGAAGUUCAUGGUUGCAUUUUGAAAACUGGGUUCGGUUCGAAUCUGUUUGUUUUAACUACCCUUUUGAACAUGUACUCAUUAUGUGGAAGAUCCUCAGGAGCUUCUACCAAGGUAUUUGAAGAAAUGCCUGUGAAGGAUGUUGUUUCUUGGAAUAGCAUGAUUUCUGGACAUUUAAGGCAUGGGGAGCUUGAAUUGGCGAGAAAGUAUUUUGAUAUGGCGCCGGAUAAGAGUUUGGUCUCAUGGAACUCGAUGGUUGCUGGUUAUGCUAACUUGGGGAAUAUGAUAGAAGCAGAGAAAUUUUUUAUGGAAAUGCCGGCUAAGGACGCAACUUCUUGGAAUUCUUUGAUCAGUGGGUACGUCAAGGUAGGGGAUGUUAUAUCUGCUGAAAGAUUAUUUGAGAGGAUGCCUGAGAGAGAUGUGGUUUCUUGGACCCUCGUGAUUGAUGGCUGUGUUAAAAAUGGUCACCAUGAUCGUUCUUUAAACCUCUUUCACCAAAUGCAGCUCGCUGGAGUUGAACCCAGUGUCAUAACUCUAAUAAGCGUUCUCACUGCUUGCGCCAAUUUGGGUGCACUUGAGUUGGGGAGAUGGAUUCACUGCUAUAUAGAAAAGAGAGAAUUCACAUUAGACAAUAAACUUGGCACUGCAUUAAUAGACAUGUAUGCGAAAUGUGGUGACAUUGGAAAGGGUUUAGAGGUUUUCUCCUCACUGGAAUGCGGGAAAGAUGUGAUCACGUGGACUUCAGUUAUUGUAGGAUUAGCCAUGAAUGGAAAAUGCAGAGAAGCUCUAGAUUUUUUCACCUGUAUGGUGAUGGAAGGAAUCAAACCCGAUGAGAUCACUUUUGUAGGAGUCCUAUGUGCUUGUUCUCAUCAAGGUUUUGUCAAUGAAGGACGGCAAUAUUUUGAUUCUAUGAUGAAAGAGUACAACCUCAGGCCUAGAAUUGAGCAUUAUAGUUGCAUUAUUGAUCUGUUUGGACGGGCAGGUUUGCUAGAAGAGGCUAAAGAUUUAGUUGAAAAUAUGCCUUUCCAGGCAGAUUCAGUUAUUUUGGGCUCUCUUUUUGCUGCCUGUCAAACUCAUAAGAAUGUGGAAUUGGGGGAACAGGUGAUGGAACUUCUUGUAGAGAUUGAACCCGAGAACAAAGGAAAUUAUGUGAUCUUAUCAAACAUAUAUGCUGUGGCAGGUAGAUGGGAAAAUGUUGCUCAAGUGAGAAAAAAGUUAAAAGAGAAAGGUACGAGAAGAGUACCUGGGUGCAGCUCCAUUGAAGUUGAUUACCAAGUUCAUGAGUUUCUUUCAGGUGAUAGGUCACACUCGAGAUCCAUGGAAAUCUUUGAGAUGCUUGAUCUGUUGAGGGGUUAUGAUAAAUGAAAAACCGGGAAGCUGCAGUUCGGAUCAAAUCAAGAUAAUCAGUCACCAGAUGAAACAGCGUUUUCCUCCUACUGUCCGCACUCACUUUGUGAGACUCUAAUCCUUCUCUACCAAUCUUUCAAUUCAAACAAUUUGGUAGUCAGAACGUCAUUCUCCUAAUUAAGCAAACCUAAAAUGAUGAGGAAACUAGCUCACCAAGGUUUAGCAAGGAACUACAAAACCUGUAUCUAUCCAUUAUUUGACGUUUGCAACCUGCCAAUUAGUGGGGAAGAUUAGAGCUAGUUGCUCAAGAUAUACGUUUGGCAGUAUCCUGCACAUCAUAACUGCUGGUGAAGAAGGCAGAGAAUGGAUGCUGGAGAGGUAAGAAAGCAUGACUAAACAGAUUCAAAUCGCUUCAAAUAUUUUUGGACUUCGCAGAGCACAAUAUGCAGGCUUUUGGUAUCAGAUGCUCAAAUUGUUGUCUGAAAAACUGGCAUCACGGAAAAUUCAUGCUCUCUAGGCGAUCAGUAGUUAGCAAAUGUGAAGAUAUUUUUGAGUCAGUGUCAGGUUUUGAUACCAAAUCAACUGGCUAGAUGCUGAUGUUCAUUAGUUGCAAAGGACUCGCAGAUCU